CCUCGCUCGCAUAUGAUGUCAUCAACACUGCUGUGAAAGUUCCAACUCGCCUGCAGAAACACCAUGCGAAAUUGAGCGGUUGAUUUCCGCUUAUUCCGUCCCUUUUAUUGGCUCGUAAUUUCGCACAAUUCAUCUCCCACUACCAUGGUUUGAUCUGGUGGGAUUCGUCAGGUUUUCUUUUGUGUUAAAAUGACGUCGACAAGUCAAUUGAAGAGGUUGAGUGAGGAGAGCCUUACCAGGCAGCCGGAGGAAGUCUUUGACAUCUUGGAGAAACUAGGAGAAGGGUCCUAUGGCAGCGUGUUCAAGGCCAUGCACAAGGAGUCCGGUCAGGUGCUUGCCAUCAAGCAGGUCCCCGUGGACACUGACUUACAAGAGAUCAUCAAAGAGAUCUCCAUCAUGCAGCAGUGUGAUAGCCCCUAUGUGGUCAAGUACUAUGGCAGCUACUUCAAGAACACAGAUCUAUGGAUCGUGAUGGAGUAUUGUGGAGCUGGUUCAGUGUCGGACAUCAUGAGAAGGAGAAAUAAAACGUUAACCGAAGAUGAGGUUGCCACGAUCCUUCAGUCAACUCUUAAAGGUCUGGAGUAUCUGCACUUCAUGCGUAAGAUUCACAGAGACAUCAAAGCAGGCAACAUCCUCCUCAACAACGAGGGGAACGCCAAGCUGGCGGACUUCGGCGUUGCUGGUCAACUCACUGACACAAUGGCCAAAAGGAACACAGUCAUCGGUACCCCGUUUUGGAUGGCGCCCGAGGUCAUCCAGGAGAUUGGUUACGACUGCAAGGCCGAUAUCUGGUCGCUGGGUAUCACGGCGUUGGAGAUGUGCGAAGGGAAGCCGCCAUACGCAGACAUUCAUCCAAUGAGGGCCAUCUUUAUGAUCCCCACCAAGCCACCGCCCACAUUCCACGACCCCGAGGGCUGGUCACCAGAACUGAUUGACUUCACCUCUAAAUGUCUGGUCAAGAACCCCGAGGAACGAGCGACAGCCACGGACCUACUACAGCACCCGUAUAUCAAGAGAGCGAAGCCGGUCAGUAUACUCCGGGAGAUGAUCAACGAAGCGAACGAGAAUCGCGAGAAGGAGAAACUCAGGCUACAGGCUCAGGACGAUGAGGAUGACGUAGAUGCAGCAUCGGAAGAAGAUGAGGUUGAUGGUGGCGCGGAUGACGAUGAUGUUAUCGACAGCGGUACCAUGGUAGCCAGAGGCCGGUCAUCGGGGGCGUCCGCCGCCACGGCGUCUGGCCCCACGGAAACAGACUCGGACACUAUGAUCCUGCACGACAGCGGAACCAUGAUCGAGCACAACACAGGAACGAUGAUCGAACACGACACGGGAACCAUGAUCGAACACGACAGCGGGACAAUGAUCAUGCAUGAGGACUCGGGGACCAUGAUAGAUCACGGAGACGCGGGGACGAUGGUCCUGCACGACACGGGGACGCUGAUCGAGAACGACAUGGGGACCAUGGUCAUCAACGAGGAUAAAGAACUGAAUGGCGACUCCACAAUGAAGAGAAUAGAAACGGACUCGGCAAACCAAAACUACAGACCGCUCUUCAUGGACCACUUCGACCGGCAAAUCGAGGCCAAGCAAGGCAAAGCUGCGACGCCGGAACAACAACAGCAGCAACAACCGCAACAGCAGUUUGAGACGCCGCAGUUGCUACCGCCAGCACCUCCCUUCAACCAACAGCAGCAGCAGCAGCAACAGCCGCGUGCACAGCACACCCCACCCCAGGCAAAACAAAGCACGCCGACCAAACCGGAAGCCAGCCGACCGUUCCACGACAUGGAUUUUGAUUUUUUGAAACAACUCAGCUACGAUGACCUCCAGAGCAGGUUACGAGACCUAGACCCUCAGAUGGAACAAGAAAUCGAAGAACUCCGAAAACGGUACCAGGAGAAGCGAAGACCUAUCAUCGAGGCCAUGGACGUCAAGAGAAAACGGCAACAAAACUUCUGAAAAACAAACUAUUUUUUGCAUCCUGUAGAAUAUAAUUACACAACAGAAAUUUAUAUAGAAAUACUGACAGAAAAAUCUAUGAGGAAACACGAGGCUUGAUAAAAUAUUACAAGAACUGGACAACAUGUGUAAACGCAACUUGUUAUUUUUGUAAGGUUAAUUUCUUUUUCGAAAGUGAACACUAUUUUUGUUUCUAGACAUUUUCCAUCAAAAGAAGCCUGCUUUGUUUAUUGGAAGUUCUAAGAAGAACUUUCUCCAGCUUUCUUCAAGAACUUGUUUUCCACAAGAAAAGCUUACCUUGUUUAUUGGAACCAGGCGAGGUUCUGCGAGGGACUUUCUCCAGCUUUUUACAAAGAACCUUUUUUUCUGCAAGAAAAGCUUGCUUUGUUUAUUGGAACUGGGCUAGGUUCUACCAAGAACUUUCUCCAGCCUUCUAUGGAAAACUUUUUUCAGCAUGAAAAGGUUGCCUUGUUUAUUGGAACCAGGCGAGGUUCUACGAAGAACUUUCUCCAGCUUUCUAUGAAGAACUUUUUUCCACAAGAAAAGCUUACCUUGUUUAUUGGAACGAGGCAAGGUUCGAAGAAGAAUAGUCUCCAGCUUUCUACAGAGAACUUUUUUCCACAAGAAAAGCUUACCUUGUUUAUUGGAACCAGGCGAGGUUCUAUGAAGAACUUUCUCUAGCUUUCUACAAAGAACUUUUUUCAACAAGAAAAGCUUGCUUUGUUUAAUGGAACCAGCCAAGGUUCUACAAAGAACUUUCUCUAGCUUCUACAAAGACUUUUUGCAGCAUGAAAAGGUUACCUUGUUUAUUGGAACCAGGCGAGGUUCUACGAUGAACUUUCUCCAGCUUUUACAAAGAAUUUUUUUAAACAAGAAAAGCUUUCCUUGUUUAUUGGACUGGACGAGGCAAGGUUCUACGAAGAACUUUCUUCAGCUUUCUACAAAGAACAUUAAGAACAAAGAACAAAAGCUUAUCUUGUUUAGUGGAACCAGGCGAGGUUCUACAAAGAACUUUCUUCAGCUUUCUACGUAGGCAACCUAACAAAUACUAAUGUCGAUAAAUUAUUGAACGCAACCUUGUUUUGGAAAAAAGACACUGACAAGGAUCGAGACAUACAUUGUAUCAUUUGAGACACAACAUAGGAGGCAAAGCUGUACUGCUUUUCCAACUAGAUCUACCACUGGUUAUUGGACUCCAUUCAUGCACACAACAGGGCACUUUGAAGGACACUUCACUGGUUCCCUGAUGCGAUUCGCUGUCUCUGUAUGAUGCAUGAGUACCAGCCUGCACAAGGUAAGAUGGCGCCCAGUGGUCCUUCAACUUUGGAAUUGUCACAUUUUUCAACUUUGAGGGGGUACUUGUUCAUGGAUUUCGUCUGCAACAUGAACAACUUUAUUUUCCUUCAUGGAUUUCGUCUGCAACAUGAAAAACUUUAUUUUCCUUAUUUCCCCAAUGGAUUCUUGGUAUUAAUCUUGUGGUGCCUAUGUUUGAAAAUAGUUUUCUCGACCAGAUUUCAAACAUACGUGCGGAGAUUGAAGGGUUGUCUAUCGAUGAUACCGAUGUCGUUUUUUUAUUUCCACAGGUUCUUGCUCAUAUAUUUUACGACAGAUUUUCAAUUGACAAUCAGGAUUGAAUUUAAACAGAGCAAAUCAUGUUUUUUUUUAGUCAGUGAAAUUUUUUGUUUAUUAAAUGUGUUUUCGUUUAUUUAAAAAUUAAAUAGAAAUGCAUGGUGUGUGACUGAGUGACUUAAAAGAUUAUUGUUUCCGAUUAAUUUUAAGAUUAAUGAAUGUGAUUUUGAAGAAAAAAAAGCAGAAUCCAAAAAAGUGAUGUUUCCAGAAAUGGAAUUUUUGAACUUAAUUUCAAUUUUAAAUUUGACUUUUAAUUUAAGAAAAACAAACAUCUUGAUCCACAAAAACUUAAGACAAAGUGGAAGAGAUCGAACAUAUGUUUAAAGAACUCUCAAUUUUAAAAUCAUUACUUUCCGAAUGGAUUCUGUUUUUUUUUUAUGAAUUCGGUCAAAACAAAAAAGGUUGUGAAUAUAAUAUGUAAAUAUUUCUUCACAAAGGCUAUUUUUUCAUACAAAGAAACAGUUUAAUCACUUUACCUUGUAAGUACGACGCCUUGCUUUAUCAAAUACUAGUCUACAUUUGUAGAUAUUUUCUUUGUUUUAUGUGGCAAUAGUGUAGAGAUUGUUCGGGCGCUAUCCUGUCAACACAAGAAAGGGUGGGCAACUCUUUCAAGAGUUGAAACACAUCGGCAGGUGCUAUUUUUCACUUUCCGUCGAAAGGGGACACAUUUUGUUCUGCGAGAUUCCCGAGUCGACCUUUUAACCUUCUAAAGUACGAAGCUCAAACAUGCUUCAGUAACAUUUUGCCCUGCUCUACAUUCUUUAAGAUGUUUGUGAAAUGUAACAUUCUUCACUGCUGACACAAUUUUUUUUUUGGCUGUAGGAAUGUAGGCCGAGAUAUUUUUGUUUUAGAUCGCAGUUUUGAAAUGCAGUAUUUAUGUUUCGUCAGUUGUGUAGUUCGGAAAAAUUGAUGAGUCUUGUAGUUUUUUGAUUUGUUGGCUAUUUGUAUAUGUGUAUAUAUUUUUUGUGUAUAAGAGAAUAAUUAUUUGAUUUGAGUAGGUCUUUAUUGAGUCCAGGUGAUAAAUAUUGACCAUCAAUAUUCAUAAUCUAUUGAUGAAUAUUGACGAUUUGUCUCAUAUUUAUACUGGUGUAAAAAUGUUGGGGUUUCUGUGAAUAUUCAUGAAUUCUUUAUGUGAGCAUCACUGAAACUUGAAUAUUCAUAAUCUUAUCCAGAUUUGUCCACAUCAUGAAUAUUCGGAGCCUUAAGCUAAUAAGUCAGCAAACAUCCAACAACGAAUGUAAAAAAAACCACCAAAAUAUCUUAAAUGUUAAAUUGAAAUUGGACACAAAAAUUGAUAACUAUUUGAUAAGUAUUUGGGAUCCUACAGUAUAGGUUGUAUAAGUUGUUGAUAUUGCGUGCCUUGAAACACCUACUUUAAAUUUAAAACAAAACAUGUUUACCGUAAUGAAGCAUAUGGUAUGAUGGAAUCUGAAGGCAAACGUCUGUGGGAUUUAAACCACAAUAAUUUCCGCUUUGCUCCUGCCCCCUUCUUUAGUAGCCCAACCUUUUUUUUCAUAAGCCUGCUCCUUGUUUAUCAGUCCCCACACUUGUUUGUAAGUUCCGCCCCCUGCUCAUUAGGCCAUCCCUUGUUGAUAAGCUCCACCCUGGUGCAUUAGCCUGACCUUGUGCCCCGUUGGUCAUUAGCCCACCCCCUUGUUGAUAAGCUCCACCCUGGUGCAUUAGCCUGGCCCCCUUGUUUACUAGCCCUUCCCCCUUGGUCAUUAGCCCACCCCUGUGCAUUAGCCCCUCCCUCUUAUUCAUUGGUCCCUCCCUUUGGUCACGAGUCCCACCCCUUACUAGUAAGCCCCACCCCUUAAAGUAAGCCCCGCCUCUUGUGAAUAAUCUCUGCCUCUUCCUCGUGGACUUCACCUUUGUUCACUAGUCUGCCCCUUUCUCAUAUGACCUGCCCCCUUGUUUUGCAUUAGCCCUGCCCCUUGAGCAUUAACCCUGCCCCUUGAUCAUUAGCCGCCUCCUCUUGGUCAUGAGCCCCGCCCUUUGCUUUUUAGCCUCACCCUUUGCUUUUUAGCCUCGACCUUUGCUUGUGUAUAAGCACCAGCCCUUGAUUAAAAGCCCGCCCGUUGAUCGUUAGCCCAACCCCUUGUUAACCCUGCCUUUGAGGACUGCUUUUUUUCCUUGACUAAUUUGGAUUGGUUCAGUUGUCACCUGAAGAGCAAUACCCGUCAAUAAAUCAGAGAAUUUUCAUGA